AUGUCCGCCGCAGCUGCCGUCUUCGCUCCGGGCUCAACCGCUCUGAUUACCGGCGGUGCCUCCGGCGUUGGCCUUGCCAUUGCUAAGCUCUGCCGCAGCAAGGGCAUGAAGCUGCUCCUUGUCGAUCGCAACGCCGAGGCUCUGGAAAAGGCAAAAGCUGAAGUUGGCUCAUCUUCAUCAGAUGUAGCCACUUCGGUCCUUGAUGUGAGCAAGCUUGAAGGCUGGGCGUCACUCCGCGACCAAGCUGCCAAGACGUUUGGUUCAAUCGAGCUUCUUGUUUUAAACGCGGGCGUGGGCGCCAGAGGGACAUGGGGAGAUGACGACUACUUUAGAACUGUCCUCGAGACGAAUCUAUUUGGCGUAAUCAAUGGUAUCAACACCUUCCUCCCGGUAGUUCAAGAAGCUGCCAAAAGUCGGCCCACUUCCGUUGUCAUCACAGGCAGCAAACAGGGCAUCACCAACCCUCCAGGAAACGCUGCAUACAAUGCGUCUAAAUCUGCUGUCAAGACCCUUGCAGAGCAUCUCAGCUGGGACCUGCGAGACACCAAGACCAGUGUACACCUUCUUGUCCCGGGUUGGACAUUCACAGGCAUGACUGGGGGCGGCCAGACCAAAGAGAAGCCGGCGGGAGCGUGGGCGCCGGAGCAAGUCGCCGACUUCUUGUAUAAGAAGAUGGAACAGGACAAAUUCUACGUUAUCUGCCCAGAUAACGAAACCUCCGAGGAAACAGACAAGAAGCGAAUGCUGUGGAGCACUGGAGACAUUAUCAAAGAGCGACCACCGCUUACGCGCUGGCUACCGGAGUGGAAGGAGGAAGCAACAGAGACAAUUGCAAAGACUAAAGUCUAA